CAACAAGACAGGACUUAACAAACUGUACCAUUGAUGUACAUUGAGGUUGUAUUAUAAAUUAUGUUUCAAUCCAAAGCAGCAGCUGUAUGUCUAAUUCUUCUCCUUGGCUGUGCAUUGACUGAAGUUGGUGCUAAGGCCAUCUCAAAGAGGCAUGUCCGUCGUGACUGGAUGAUCGUGCCUGAUGCAAUUGCAUUUUAUGUGUAUAAGGCAGUGGAAAAAAUGUCCCCCAAAACUGCUGAGUUGUUGGCAGAAGCUGUCCAGACUCCAUUCAUUCUUGAUACAAGGAACUACCUGAUAAAGGCUACAGCUCAAAUUCAAGAAACAUUGGUGAAAAUGACGGAGAAAGUGUCUGGCUUCUGGCAGCAGCAGAAAGACCCAGCACAGCAAUAAAAGGAGAUUAAGAUCCA